UCUGCUUCCUUUGUCCACUCUUUCAAAUGCAGGCUGAGGCCGAGGUGGCGUCCCUGAACCGUAGGAUCCAGCUGGUUGAAGAGGAGCUGGACCGCGCCCAGGAGCGCCUGGCCACCGCCCUGCAGAAGCUGGAGGAGGCUGAGAAGGCUGCGGACGAGAGCGAGCGAGGUAUGAAGGUUAUUGAAAACCGAGCCUUAAAAGAUGAAGAGAAAAUGGAACUCCAGGAAAUCCAACUCAAAGAAGCUAAGCACAUCGCAGAAGAGGCAGAUAGGAAGUACGAAGAGGUGGCUCGCAAGCUGGUGAUCAUCGAGGGGGACUUGGAACGCACGGAGGAGCGAGCCGAGCUGGCAGAGUCCCGUUGCCGAGAGAUGGAUGAGCAGAUCAGACUGAUGGACCAGAACCUGAAGUGUCUGAGUGCUGCUGAGGAAAAGUACUCUCAGAAAGAAGACAAAUACGAGGAGGAGAUAAAGAUCCUCACCGAUAAACUCAAGGAGGCAGAGACCCGCGCGGAGUUCGCGGAGAGAUCGGUAGCCAAGCUGGAAAAGACGAUCGACGACUUGGAAGAUGAGCUCUAUGCCCAGAAACUGAAGUACAAGGCCAUUAGCGAGGAGCUGGACCACGCCCUCAAUGACAUGACCUCUAUAUAAACUGAAAUGCACCAAAGAGGAACACCUCUGUACACAAAGGAUGCUGGACCAGACUCUGCUUGACCUGAAUGAGAUGUAGAGCACCCCAGUCCCGCCCUGCCGCUGCUCCUCCCCCUGACCCCAACUCCGCCUGAGGCCAGCCUGCUCGAAGCUGACCUCUACACCGAGGGCUGAUCUUUAACUGGAAGGCUGCUUUCUCCUUUUCCCGCCUCCCACCCCCACCCCUGUGUCUUUUUCGCCAAACUGUCUCUGCCUCUCCCCAGAGAUUCCGGUAGGGCUGGAGGCCCCUUACCUGUGGGAGCAACAUUUAAGGGAAUGCGAGCACAAUGCAAAAUGUCUUUAAAAGCAUGUCGUGAUGUACACAUUUUGUAAUUACCUUUUUUGUUGUCAGUGUAGCAGCCAUUUGUAAAACAUUCCAAGUAAUUCCACAGCUCCGAAGCAGCAGUUUAAUCCCUUUCUCACUUUUAGAAGGUAAUUUUUCACCCUGAUGCACAUUGUCCUCUCUCUGUAGAGCAGGGGAAGGUGUGGGCCUGCCUUACAGAGAGCCAAACAGAGCCCAGAGAAAGACUCCACUCUGGGGAGCCUCAAUGCUUUGUACAGAGUACCAGCCAAACCAGAAAGGUGAUGCCAGGAGUUAGCCAAAAAAAAAAAAAAAAAGCGGGGGAGCGGGGGUGCUGUUCAAGUUUUCAGCUUUAAGGUAUCUUUGGGCAAUUUUAUUCUUUUUUUUUUUUCAUCUGAAGUGACCAAAUUAAAAAGGUGAGACCUCUGUCUGAGAACAGAUCCUUGUCCCAUCUCUACCCCAUGCCUUCCCAACGGCUCAGAGAAUGGAUCAUGUGCCCCUUAUGUUGAGGUGACCAAAUAUUUGCUUUCCUGCCUCCUUGAAAGAAAGAAAAGAAAAUUAUGUUUUUGCCACUGAUUUAGCCAUAUGAAACUCAUCUCAUCACCCUUUUCUGGGUCUGAAGCUGCUGUCUCUAGAAGUGCCAUCUCAUUGUGCUUUGUAUCAGUUAGUGCUGGAGAAAUCUUGAAUAGCUUAUGUACAAAACUUUUUAAAUUUUAUAUUAUUUUGAAACUUUGCUUUGGAGUUGGAGCACACCGGCUGCCCCACCUGGCCGAGAGAGCUCUUUGCAGGCUGUGGUCUGGCAGUGUGCUGAUCUUUAAAAGUCCCUUUCCCUCCCCAGUACCCCCUUUUUGGCGAGGUUUCUGUGAGGUCUGUUAGGUGCGCAUUCUGCAGCUUAUUGGCUUAAAAUGUCCUCUCCUUGGUGUGGUCCCUUUGGGGGCCGAUUGGGAGAGAGAGAAACCAAUAGUGCAACUGUUUUGAUACUGGAAAUUGAAGUGUCUUUUUAAAAUAAAGAACCAGUUCCUCCAA